GUCCGGGUAUAAGAGGGAAGCCGGCGUGCUCAUUCAUUCACCUUUUGUUCUUCAGAGCCUACGCAUCUGAUGAGCAGCUCCAGGUCUUCGCUGAUCUUCCAGAUCUUCGCUGAUCUUCCAGUUCUUCGCUGGUAUCCUGCUGGAAUCUACGACGUGGUGCAGCGGACGGUCCCUUCCUGCAGCGACUUUCCCCUGGGCGUCUCGGCAGUUCCAGAAGUGUCUGAGCACUUUUUUUCUAAAAGAGUAAAUUUCUCCAGCGUGGCAUGUCCCGCUGUUCUCUUGGGUGCGACGCGCUCAUUGAGGAAGGGGAUGGACACGAUGUCUGUCUCACGUGUUUGGGUCUCCAGCACGCUGAGGCAGCCUUCGUGGAUACAUCUUGCCCGCACUGCGGGAAGAUGCCUAUCCAGACGUUGCGGUCACGGGUGGCUGUAUUCUUUAUGGGUAAAGCCACCACCUCGUCUGUUACCCGAUCCGUGACGGCAGUGACUACGGCCCUGCCGCCCGUUUCAGUUAACACCGGGGGUGAUAUGGGGAUCACCGUGAACGUUAGACCGCCAGCCACAGGCUCACGGACCGUUCACGCCCCGUCACGCUUGUCUGACCAUCCCUUAAGAGACGGUCCUACCCCGUCUUGUUCCUCCGCCACGUACUCGGGAGUGCGUGACGAAGAUGAGAUGUCGAUCACAGCAUCGGAGGGCGACCUCUUGGCAUCCGACCCCGACGAUUCCUCGGAGCUCCCUCCCCCGGGGGGACGAGCCCAGGAAGAGGCGGACGUUGAGAUGUCAACCAUGCUCUUCCGGGCCGCCGCGAGCAUUGGGCUGCAGUGCACAGCACCGCCUUUACCCCAGCGCUCGCGGUUGGAUACGUGGUACCUGGGGUCUGAGCGCGGCUCCAAGCCGCGCCCAGCGCCGGUCCCGUAUUUCCCGGAGGUACAUGAGGAGCUGAGUAAGACUUGGAACGCGCCCCUCACGGCUCGUUCCAGUCAGAAAGGCUCAGUCGCCCUUACUUCCCUCGAUGGUGGGGCGGCCAGGGGCUAUGUCGAGAUCCCCCAGGUGGAGCGUGCUGUCGCGGUGCACCUAUGCCCGCAGACAGCGGCCACCUGGAGGGCUCGGCCUAGACUCCCAUCCAAGGCGUGUAAGUUUUCGGCAUCGCUGGUGUCGAAGGCUUACAUGGCUGCGGGUCAGGCCGCCUCCUCCCUCCACGCCAUGGCCAUCCUGCAGGUCCACCAGGCCAAGGCGUUGAAGGAGCUCCACGAGGGUAAGACCAACCCAACGGUUAUGCAGGAACUCCGUACCGCCACCGAUCUCGCUCUACGGGCGACUAAGGUGACGGCACGGGCCUUGGGUCGGGCGAUGUCCACCAUGGUGGUCCAAGAGAGGCACCUCUGGCUCAACCUUGCGCAGAUGCGGGACGCUGAGAAGGUUCGCUUUCUCGACGCCCCCAUCUCGCAGGGAGGGCUGUUUGGUGACACCGUUGAGGAUUUCUCUCAGCAGUUCUCAACGGUGAAGAAGCAGACGGAGGCUAUCAAGCACAUCUUGCCCCGCCGUGACUCGGCCGUCGUCAGGCCUCCGAGAUCCCGAGCGGCGUCUGCUUCCCGGCAGCCCCGGACCUCUUCGACUCCGGAUCCGGCUCCAGUGCCCCCUUCUCAGGCUGCCUCCCGGAGAAGGACGUCGAAGAGGAAACCGCCUCCCCGUCAGCAGCCGUCGCGGAAGCAGAAGCGGCCCUGACGGAGAGACCCCAGGGAGAUUGAGAUUACCAUCGGGCCCGAUUCCAGCCACCACAUCGCUGGAUCGGAUAGGGACGGUUCCUGCCCCGUCCUACCAUCAGCUGGUCCCCCCGGGGGGCCAGCGCCCACUUCCUCACGAAAAGAGUUUCCUCUCUCUCUGGGUUGUCACAGCCGUUCCCACCCUCUGCGCAAUGUCGAGUAUAAACACUGGCCUUCAGCACUCUCAGACAGACAGUGCGUCGAGCCAGACAAUCGCCAGGCAGGAAAAACAGCAGAGCCGAUCUCCUCCCCGGGGGUCCUCCCUCGGCAAGGAAUCCGUACUGCUAGCCA